AUGAGCCAAGCUAAUGCAGCAGCAACAGGUGGAUUAACUGAAGAGGAGGAGAAUGAAAUCUGGAGUAAUAGUGUUGCAAAGUGGAAGAUACAAAAGGCAGAGAAACAAAAGGCUAGGGAUGAGUUGAUUGCAAAGGGUAUCACUCCACCACCAGACGAAGAGGAUUCAGCAUGGGAACGUCUGCCCAUCUUCAUGGACAGUCUACCACAGGGUGCGAACCCAAUGCUCGACGCCAUUCAAUCAAUCACAGAUGAGUGCACUCCUGAGGAGCUGGCCGACAGCUACAAGGAUCAGGGCAACGAGCGAUUCCAACUGUCCAACGCAAAGACCACCACCAAGAAGGAUGAACGCGAUCGAUACAGACAAGAGGCAAUCUAUUUCUACACCAAGGCACUGGACAUCAAGACCAAAGACAUGAAGCGCAACUCAAUCUAUCUCUCCAAUCGUGCAGCAGUCAAUCUUGACAACAAGAACUAUGGAAAGGUCAUAAGAGAUUGUUUGAUUGCUGUUGAGUUCAAUGAAGCGAAUAUGAAGGCAUACUUUAGGGCGCUAAAGGCUAUGAUCGCGCUUGGAAAGUAUACAGAGGCAAUCAAUCUGGCUGAUAGAGCAUUGGUAGUGGAGCCAGAGAAUAAGGAUAUAAAGAUGUUGCGCGAUGAGUCAGUUGCCAUGAUUGAAAAGGCACGUAAACGUGAAGCCGACAAACUCGAGGCAGAGACUAGUGCCCGCGACAAAAAGAGGGCACUGGCAACAUUGUUGGCCAGCAAGCAUAUGACAUUGGGCGAACCAUUCUAUGAUAUAUCACAGUACGAAACAGAGAUCAAGUUUGAUGGCGAUGACAACAGUGGCGCAGGACACUUCCCAGUGUUGUUCUUCUAUCCCGAGUACAAUCAGAAGGACUUUGUCAAGGACUUUGAGGAGGGAUGUACAUUUGGCGAUCACCUCGAGGUGAUGUUUGAGCAUCCUGCACCAUGGGACAAGAGUGGACAGUAUAUAUUGCCCAAUCUUGAGAUCUACUUCCAGACCAACUGGGCAAGGCCAGUGGAAGGUCAACAACAGCGCGGUAGUGCCAAACGAUGGAUACGCGUCAAGCAUACUACCACAAUCGAGAAGGUGCUCACUCAUCCAGAGUAUAUCAUUCCAGGCAUUCCAAUGUUCUACAUCCUACGCAAGGACACUGAGUUUACCAAAGUAUUCUUGACACCUAAAUAA